GUAUCUCCCUCCAAUCGUGCCGCCUCACUCGUUUCUCACGUGACUCUUCAGUCUCCCUCUCCAUAUAUUUGCAUACAAGCUCUUUUCCUCUCAAUCAAUCCUCAAAAAAACUGCGAAAGAAAAAACCUCUGCUUUUUUCACUGUUCCUUUUAUCGUUUCUCCUUUUUGCGGUGAAAAUGGCAGAGCCUGCAACAGCAACACAAGCAGCAGCACCAGUAGUGGCUCUGCUGAAAGAUGAGCUCGACAUUGUUAUACCAACCAUAAGGAACUUGGACUUUCUUGAGAUGUGGAGGCCAUUCUUUCAGCCUUACCAUCUCAUCAUUGUUCAAGAUGGUGAUCCUUCAAAGACCAUCAAGGUCCCUGAGGGCUUUGACUAUGAGCUUUACAACAGGAACGAUAUUAACAGGAUCCUCGGUCCUAAGGCUUCUUGCAUUUCCUUCAAGGACUCUGCUUGUCGUUGCUUUGGUUACAUGGUAUCCAAGAAGAAGUAUAUCUUCACCAUUGACGACGACUGCUUUGUUGCUAAGGACCCAUCUGGCAAAGCGAUCAAUGCACUUGAGCAGCAUAUCAAGAAUCUGCUAUCACCAUCCACUCCCUUCUUCUUCAACACCUUGUAUGACCCUUUCCGAGAGGGUGCAGAUUUUGUCCGUGGAUACCCAUUUAGUCUUCGUGAGGGCGUUCCAACUGCUGCUUCUCAUGGACUUUGGCUAAACAUCCCGGAUUAUGAUGCUCCAACCCAACUGGUGAAGCCUCUUGAGAGGAACACUAGGUAUGUGGAUGCGGUUCUUACAAUUCCAAAGGGCACCUUGUUCCCCAUGUGUGGUAUGAAUUUGGCUUUCAACCGUGAGCUGAUUGGCCCUGCCAUGUACUUCGGACUCAUGGGCGAUGGGCAGCCAAUUGGACGUUACGACGAUAUGUGGGCUGGCUGGUGCACCAAGGUGAUAUGUGACCAUUUGGGAUUGGGAGUCAAAACAGGUCUACCUUACAUCUUUCACAGCAAAGCAAGCAACCCAUUUGUUAACCUAAGGAAGGAGUACAAGGGUAUAUAUUGGCAGGAAGAGAUUAUCCCAUUCUUCCAAAAAGCUGUCCUUCCAAAAGACUGCACCACUGUUCAAAAGUGCUAUAUUGAACUGGCAAAACAGGUGAAGGAAAAGCUUAGCAAAGUUGAUCCCUACUUUGACAAUCUGGCUGAUGCCAUGGUCACAUGGAUUGAAGCCUGGGAUGAGCUCAACCCGACUGGACCUGUGCCAAAUGGCAAAGCAGCUUAGAAAAUUUUCAAAAAGAUGCGGACGCCAUAGCAUGAAAUCUUGGAAUGUGCUUUUUAACUUGAACACUGAUCAUUGGCAAAGCAAAGUUGAAAUACCCCAUUAGCUACAGUUAAAGAAAUAAUGAUAGUUUUUUUUGUCAAAAAUAAUGAUUGUUUUUUUUUUUCCAUUGUAUCUUUAUUUAUCUUCUUCAUCGCUAUGUUUCGGCGGGAUGUUAUGUAAUGUAAUUUUAUUAACUAUACGUUAUGAAAUUACAAUCCAUUGCAUAAUAAAAGUCGUUCCUUUGAAUA